AAGCUUUGGAAACUGAUAUACUAGAAGAUAUGUCUUCUGACUUUGAGGGCUUUAAUAGCAAAUAUGGUCCAUAUUUUUCAAAUUUCACAUCUGCAAUGAUUUUUAUUUGGAUUACCAAACAUAUGAUUUCAACCUCUGCAUAUGAAGAUCUUGUCAAAAUUAUAACACAUCCUGAGUUUCAAAAAGAUAAUGUUCCUACAAAUAUUCGCCGCAUUCGGAAAUGGAGGAAUAGAUUAUCUUUGACUAAAAUAUACAAUCAAAAUGUACCUCUCUGUAUAAACAGAACACUAUCCACAUGCGAACCUAUAAAAAAAGCCUUUACUAUUUCUCCAUUAGCAUAUCUAGAACGUAUUCUAAAUAAUCCAAAACUUAUGCAAAAGAUAUAUUUUGGUCCUGGAAUUGUAACAGAUAAAAAGCAAGAAUUUUGGCAUGGUGAAUUAUAG